CUCUCUUGUCGCAGCGAGCUGCUCUCCGCAGGAUCAGUUCGAGGAGCGGAAGACUCCGGCAGGAGACCCGGAGCGGAGGCUUUCUGCGGCGGAUCCGAGCGGCUGAGUGUCCGGUGUCCGCGGGUGUGGAGCGCGGAGGGAUCGGACUUGUUGCUGCCGGAAGACAUGCACGUGCUGUGGAGGGCAAAGACAACACACAAUACACCGGGAACCGGACUUUAACGGGUUCUGGGAGGAAACUGAAGCUUUAGAAGAGUUUCUACGGUGUGGAGCUUUCUUUCUGUUUCCAAACUGACGGGGGGUCGGUUGGUUUUUACGCGGACUGUUCUCGGUGUCACGGAUCGACUUCGAGCUAAAAACCAGUUUGUUUCCUGGAGAAACUCGGAACAUUGAAUGAAGGAUUUAUAUCAAACAUGUAAAAAAAAAAAAUAAAACAACAAAAGCUACCAAACAAAAUGAACUCAACAUGUCCAAAAAGGAAUAGGAAUAUUUAAUCUUUUUCAUUAAUAAUCGUCAGAUUUGAAUCAUAUCUGAACAACAUUUUGCUCCAUAUAUUCUCAUAUAUUUCUGCUCUGUAGUCCCAUCUGUUGCCAGAUGCGCUCGGGCUGCUCCGUGGCUCCGUGAAUCUGCCCCUCACGAGCCUCCGUAACGGCGAUCACAGCGCGGAGAUAAAACACCAACCGGAACCGGAAUAUAACGGAUUUUUAGGAGGGAAUCGAAAGGUUUCUGUGUGGAGGAUCUUCCAGACAGUAACGGAUGAGGACUGAUAUUUUAUUUUGUGCUCAUUCGGUGUCUCUCUCCGCGUUUUUACGCAGCAAUUCCGUGCGUAAAAACCUCUUUGUUUCCGGGAGAAUCUCAUUUGUAAAGUCUUGUCCGUGCGUUUAUCUCAGGCUGGGUCUCUCGUCAUCUCCCACAUCGGCUGGAUUACAUUUCUGAUUGGAUAUCAGUCAGGUUUCAGGUCCUAUAAAAGAGCAGGAAGCAACCCUCAGAUAUCUUCAUAAUGCACCAGGUUCAUGUUUAAAUUAAGAACUUUAGAGGACUUUUUACUUCUCCAUCUAUGGUUUAAAGACAGAUAUUAAAAGAUCAGAUCAAUCAAACAAAGAUCCAUUUUAACUGGAUGUAGAACUGAUUAUCUGACACUCUGAAACUCAUGCAAACAGGAAGUGGAGUUCUCUGAAACCAGAGUCUCUCCAAAUACUUCCGGACAAAAUCACAUCACCUGAGAAACCCCAGACAGAUAGUUGGGACCUUUUAAAGUACUUUCUUUUUUUUAAAUCGUGACCCAGCGCUGCUAGCGAGCCUCGGCAGCGCUCCGGGACCGUCAUGGCGGGGGGAGUGGCGGCAUGGCUGCCUUUGGCCCGCGCGGCGGCCAUCGGCUGGAUGCCGGUGGCCAGCACGCCGAUGCCGGUGCAGCCGAAGGACAAGCGGCGCUCGCAGCCCGCCGGGCUAAUCGUGCUCAACGUCAGCGGCACAAAGUUCCAGACGUGGCGUGACACGCUGGAGAAGUUCCCGGACACGCUGCUGGGCAGCACGGAGCGAGACUUCUUCUUCCACGCCGACGCCAACGAGUACUUCUUCGACCGCGACCCGGACAUCUUCCGCCACAUCCUCAACUUCUACCGCACGGGGAAGCUGCACUACCCGCGGCAGGAGUGCAUCUCGGCGUACGAUGAGGAGCUGGCGUUCUUUGGCAUCAUCCCCGAGAUCAUCGGUGACUGUUGCUACGAGGAGUACAAGGACCGGCGCCGCGAGAACCAAGAGCGUAUCCAGGACGACGAGGAGAUGGACCCGGCCAACGACGUGGUCGUGGCGGACCUGAGCUUCCGGGAGACCAUGUGGCGAGCCUUCGAGAACCCGCACACCUCCACCAUGGCGCUGGUCUUUUACUACGUCACAGGCUUCUUUAUCGCCGUGUCGGUGCUCGCCAACGUGGUGGAGACCGUGCCGUGCGGGCCGGGGCCCAACCGCGCCGCAGAGGUGUCGUGCGGCGAGCGGUACGCGCUGGCGUUCUUCUGCCUGGACACGGCGUGCGUCCUGAUCUUCACGGUGGAGUACCUGCUGCGCCUGGCGGUGGCGCCGAGUCGCUACAAGUUUGUGAAGAGCGUGAUGUCGGUGAUCGACGUGGUGGCCAUCAUGCCGUACUACAUCGGCCUCGUCAUGACGGACAACGAGGACGUGAGCGGCGCCUUCGUGACGCUGCGGGUCUUCCGGGUGUUUCGGAUCUUCAAGUUCUCGCGGCACUCGGCCGGGCUGCGCAUCCUGGGCUACACGCUGAAGAGCUGCGCCUCGGAGCUGGGCUUCCUGCUCUUCUCCCUCACCAUGGCCAUCAUCAUCUUCGCCACCGUCAUGUUUUACGCUGAGAAGGGCUCCAGCGCCAGCAAGUUCACCAGCAUCCCCGCGGCCUUCUGGUACACCAUCGUCACCAUGACUACGCUCGGAUAUGGUGACAUGGUCCCUAAGACGAUCAUGGGGAAGCUGGUCGGCUCCGUGUGCUCUCUGAGCGGCGUGCUGGUCAUCGCCCUGCCGGUCCCCGUCAUCGUCUCCAACUUCAGCCGCAUCUACCACCAGAGUCAGAGAGCUGAGAAGAGACGGGCUCAGAGGGCAUCCAAGGAAGCAGGAAAGGCGCUGGUGUGUAAGGCCAACCCGGCCUUUGACGUGCAGCAUAAUCACCUUCUGCACUGUCUGGAGAAAACCACGAACCACGAGUUCAUGGACGAGAAGACGUACGACGUGAGAUGCAGGGAGGUGACUCUGGUGAAGCAGAUGUCUCACUCUUCCUCCAUCUCCUCCUCUUCCUCGCCUCACUGCUUCACCUCCUGCUGCUCGCGCAGGAAGAGGAAGACCUUCAACGUGCCCAACUCGCACGCCGUUUCCGUGGGUCUGCAUGGUAGCAUCCAGGAGCUGAGCACCAUCCAGAUCAAAGACCGGCCGCUCACCAACAGUCGCUCCAGUCGGUCCAGUCUCAACGCUAAAUUCGAGGAGACGGUUCCCCUGAACUGUGAUCAGUACAUCACGGCCGCCGUCAUCAGCACGCCAUCGCCGCCCCGCAACAACAAUGCCCAAGGCCACGCAUCGUCCAGCGACUACUCCCAGGCCAACAUCGUCCGGGUGUCGGCGCUGUAAUGACAUCGCCCUCCCACACGGAAACACAAGGCACCCAACGGGUCGGGCAUCAGGGGUCCACGGCCCCCCCCACGCACUAACCACAGACUCAGAUGGCGGGGGUUUGAUCCUGUGUCCACAUGACAGAAGUGACGGGUUAGCAAACUGCUAAAGGAGGAGAAACGCCAUUCUGUACGCACUCAAAGCUCAGCUAACGCCGCCCUCAGAUUGCAUUUUAUUCUGUUGUUUUCUAGAAGGAUUUCUAUCCCCGCAGUCGGACGCCGCGGGACAGG